AACUCCACCGGUCCCUGCAGGCCUCUUCCUUCUUCCUCUACUAUACAUUAAUUCUCUGCUGAUCCAUUAUUUUUCAUUCACAACUCUAUCUCUGUCUCAGUUUGGUUGGUGGUGAGAAGAUAUAUAAAUAUAAAUGGAGGGAGGUGGAGUUCAUGAUGAGGACGACCACCGGGUGGCCGCCGCCGCCGCAGGUUUCAGAGACUGCUUGGCAUUGGCCCGGAAGAACUCAUACAUUCUUUGCCUUGCUUUCUCCGCCGCAAUGGGCGGCCUUCUCUUCGGCUACGACACCGGAGUGAUAUCUGGGGCUCUUCUGUAUAUCAGAGAUGACUUUAAGGCGGUUGAGAGGAAUACCUUUUUGCAGGAGGCUUUGGUGAGCACUGCAGUCGCCGGAGCAAUCGUGGGCGCAGCGGUUGGCGGGUGGCUGAACGACAAGUAUGGAAGAAGAGCCGCCUUAAUGGUGGCAGAUUUUCUCUUCUUCGUUGGAGCCGCCGGCAUGGCCGCCGCUCCGGGCCCUGCCGUUCUCCUCGCCGGGAGGGUUUUUGUGGGUCUCGGGGUCGGAAUGGCGUCAAUGACUUCCCCUCUCUACAUCUCCGAGGCCUCCCCGGCGAAACUCAGGGGAGCCCUUGUCAGCACCAAUGGAUUCCUCAUUGCCGGCGGCCAAUUCUUGUCUUACCUCAUCAACCUUGCCUUCACCAAGACUCCAGGGACAUGGCGGUGGAUGCUAGGGGUUGCCGGCGUCCCAGCUCUAUUUCAGUUUGUUUUAAUGGUGUUUCUCCCGGAAUCUCCUCGUUGGCUUUACCGAAAGGGGAGAACAGAGGAAGCAAAGGCAAUCUUGAGAAAAAUAUUCUCGCCGGAAGAAGUAGAAUCUGAGAUCCAAGCUCUGAAAGAUUCAGUUGAGAAGGAAGAAAAAGAAUCCGACAAAUCGGAGAAAACAAACCUCCUGAAACUGCUCAGAAUCAAAGCCUUACGGCGGGGGCUGACGGCCGGCGUGGGGCUUCAGAUUUUCCAGCAGUUCGUCGGAAUCAACACCGUCAUGUAUUACAGCCCCACCAUUGUCCAGCUCGCCGGAGUUUCCUCCAACCGAACGGCGCUUCUUCUCUCGCUGGUCACCGCCGGCCUCAACGCACUCGGCUCCGUCGUGAGCGUGUGCUUCAUCGACCGGAUCGGACGGAAGAAGCUCCUGGUUUUCAGUCUCUGCGGUGUCGUCAUCUCUCUGGGCUUUCUAUCGGCGGUCUUCCACUUGACUACCUCUGGUUCACCGAGAAUUAGCCAGGCGGAAACUGCGCAUUUCUCGGGACUCGCCUGUCCUGCCGCCUAUCACGGCGGCGAUGCCGAAUAUCAUAGGAUAUGGGAUUGUACCCAGUGUUUGAAAUCUACCGGUUGCGGCUUUUGUUCUUCGUCUGAGAACAAGUUAUAUCCAGGAGCUUGUUUGAUCUCGAACGACACCGUUAAGAGAGAUUGUCAGGAGGCAGGCAGACUAUGGUACACCAAGGGGUGUCCGAGUAGGUUCGGAUGGUUGGCAUUGGUCGGAUUGUCCAUGUAUAUCAUCUUCUUCUCCCCAGGAAUGGGAACGGUCCCGUGGAUUGUGAACUCUGAGAUAUACCCAUUGCGGUUCAGGGGAUUUUGUGGAGGCAUUGCUGCAAUGGCUAAUUGGAUUUCAAAUUUGAUUGUAGCGCAAUCAUUCUUGUCACUAACUCGCAUCAUUGGAACGUCAUUGACCUUUCUCGUGUUCGGCAUGGUGUCUGUGUUCGCAUUGAUGUUCGUCCUAGUUUACGUGCCCGAAACAAAAGGACUUGACAUUGAAGAAAUUGAAAAGACCUUGGAGGGUUGGAGUUUGAUGUUUUGGAAGAAAAAGCCAAUGGGGGAAGGGAAUGUGUGAUAUAGUGCCUAGUAAUGUUGAGAAGAGUUAUAAACUUCUUAGUUAUAAAAUGUUUUUUAUUUGGACCAGCAUAGUGGAAACAAUG